UCGAAGACCCUAUCUACCUAUAGCUACUCUGCAGUCCGCGGCUCCGCAACUGCAGCUAGCAGCAUGACGUCUUCUGGCGGCAGCCGCUCACCUGGGGCGGCUACGCCACGGGCGGUGGUCGACGACCUGAUCGAGGUGCGCGAGUGCGCUGCGAUGCUCCAGGCCAUGCUUCAAGGGUCGAGCACGCCGCCGAGCGCGGCCGGGGAGCUGAUGGAAGGGAUGAUGAGCAGCCUGUCGAACGCGCUGUCGGCGCUGAACACCGGCAGCGGCGGCGGCGGCAUCGGAACGUCGUCGUCCGCGGGAGGCCGGGCAUCGGGCGGAAGGAGAAGGAAAGAGGCGGUGGCCGGGCCCGGGCCGCACCGGCGGAGCAGCAGCUCCAGGACAAGAUCGAACAGCCCCUUCUUCAAGACUGUCACUGCUAAUACGCUCGACGAUGGCAACUCAUGGAGAAAGUACGGGCAAAAACGUAUACAGGACUCCCCUAACCCGAGGAGCUAUUACAGGUGCGCCUACAGGCCAGACCAAGGGUGCCGAGCCACACGGCAGGUCCAGGCCUCCGAGGCCAACCCGUCGGAGUACCUCAUCAACUACUUCGGCGAGCACACCUGCCGGGACCCCUCCACGAUCCCGCACGUCAUCGAGGUAGCCGCUCCGCCGGACUGCGCAAACCUCAUCAGCUUCGGAUCGUCCACCAUUGGCGCGACCACAAGCGCACACACUGUUCCUCAGGGGGGUUUCACGAGAGACCGGGCCGUUGAUCCGAUGAUGCUUUCUCGCUUUGUCAGCUACAGCCGCUCACUGCCGGCACAGGAGUGCUGCGGCAGCGAGGAGGCCUUUAGCAGAAGCUCGCCGGCCGGGGAGCUGGCCGCCGUGGUGGGGUCAGCGGGGACGACCUCAUCGGCCACCGUGGGGUCGGCGCCGGAGUACUGGCUGGGAGUGGCCAGCGACAUGGCCGGUGUCAAUGACACGGGCAGCUUCCCGUCGUCUCCUAGCAGCCUCGGAUUCAUGACCGGCUCGUUUGGAUCCUUUGGGAACGGCUUGGAUGACGACUUGUUUGGCUUCGAUCCCUGACAAAGGCUGAUGCAUGCAUAAUUGCAUAUUUGCAUAGCCAAUAGCCAAAUGACAUGUUUGAAAUUUGCAUGCAUGCAUGCGUGCUCCUCUUGUAUGUACGGAUAGUACUGCUAGUGUACUAGUAGUGGCCUGUGGCCAUGAAUGGAUAUCCACAUGGAUGUAUAGCAGUAGUAGUAAAUAAAUAAGGCUAGCUCUAGGUAAUCUGAGCUGGCUAUUGUGUAAAAUAUAUGCAUAUUUGCUGGU